UUUCUUCUCUUCUCUUCUCUUCUAUUUCUCUCCUCUCUAAUAAAAUAUACUACUUCUGUUAACACAUAUUAGAUCUCUCUCUCUCUCUCUCUCUCUCUCUCUCUAAUGCCAUUGCCUUUUCUCUCUACUCUAUCCACAACAAGCAACCUCAUUUUUCUUCUCACUCUAUAUAUAGAUAGACUAUAGUACUCUAGUUAAUUAUAAUACUUUUCUCUUCAAAUAUAUUCGCCAUUUAAUUGAAUUAUAUAGUUGCCUUGCUCUGAUCGUGAUUGUCCUUUAAUUUUGGAUUAUUCUAAUAUUCAUCGUGCAUUGCCGUACCUUCACCAACGAUUCGAUCGAGGUUCUUAUUUCUAAGCCUACAAUAAUCUCAGGAACGUGAGAUGUUGGGAGGCGGAAUCUGAUCAGAGAGGAAUUACGGUGACGGAGGUUGAUCAGCCGAGCAGGCCGUACGUGCGAGAGUAAGCUAUUCCGCACGUGUGAGCGCGUGAAAAGGUUUCGUGGCGAAGAAAGAAGCAGUGCUCAGGAGGCCCGUGAAUUUUAUUUAAAAAGAAAAAAAAAGAAAAGGAAAAUAUGCCUCACAGAACAACUUACUUCUUCCCAAGGCAAUUUCCGGAUCGCAGAUUCGAUGUAUCUUCGAAACAAUCAUCAUCACCUGAUCAAGAUCACGGGAAAAAGGUAAUAAUAAACUCAUCAUCAACCACCACCGCAUCUACUUCUUCUUCUUCUUCUUCUUCUCCCACCGUAUUAUCAACUAGUAUCGAAAACGACACUAAUAAGUCGUUGUCGUCUGCUACGACUACGAGAUCAACGACAACGACUUCUACAACGAAGAAUCAGUACUUCACCGUUAACACAGCCAAAGCUUCAGCUGUAUCCGACCUUUUCACGAGCCACGAGUACAAGUCAUCAUCCCAAACCAAGAAAAAUAAUAAUAAUCAUCAUCAUCACCACAACAACCACAGCCACCACCACCACCACCAACACCACCAACGACGGCAGCAACAGCAGCAACAGGAAGAGCAUUUCGCUGCCUUUUGCGAUUGGUUAGCAGAGAAGAAAGCCGAACGCCGUUCCAAUACUACUACUAAUAGUAAUAAGUUAGUAUCAUCUCGAUACUCCUGUGAUGAGGAGCGUGAGCUUCUUCUCCCGCCGGAGCAGAUUCCACCUUCUGCGGUGGUUCCGGCUCCGGCUCCGGCGACGAGGUCGUCGGUUGUGAAGGAUCGGAGUUUGGACAGGAAUUUCGAUCGGCAGGUUUCGUUGCCGAGGGUUUCUAGUGGGAGUAGCUAUGCGGGGAGCUUGUUCUCUGGGAUCACAACAUUUGAUGGGAACUUGUCUGUUAAGGACUGCCUCUCGAAGGUUUCUUGUUCGACUAGGCAUGAUGAUCAUGUAGUGGUGGAGCAAGGUGGGGCUGGUGGCGGCGGCGGCGGUAGUAGUGAUGAGAGUAGAGAUCAGGUGGAUUCAUCAUCGGGGGAAAAUAUUAGUAGCUUGGCGCAGAGGUCGAAAGAGAGUUACUAUCUGCAGCUGAGUCUGGCCAAAAGGCUUACUUCUCAAGCUUGCCUUGCGAGUGAGCCAUUGCUAAUGCAAGUGUCUGGGCCCGAAACUUCUGAUGCCGAAACCGUUUCGUAUCGCCUAUGGGUUAGUGGCUCAUUGUCUUACACUGAUAAGAUAUCAGAUGGGUUCUACAACAUUUUGGGGAUGAACCCAUAUUUGUGGGUGAUGUGCAAUGAUUUGGAGGAAGGGAAACGGCUACCACCAUUGAUGUCACUUAAAGCAAUUGAUCCAAGUGAGACAUCCAUGGAGGUGAUCCUUGUUGACAGAUAUGGAGACUCACGCCUUAAGGAGCUUGAAGAUAAAGCGCAAGAGCUGUAUUGUGCCUCAGAAAAUACUCUAGUUUUGGUGGAGAAAUUAGGAAAACUUGUUGCCAUCUAUAUGGGGGGCACUUUUCCGGUAGAGCAAGGGGAUCUUCACAUGCACUGGAAAUUGGUUAGCAAGAGGUUGAAGGAGUUUCAGAAAUGUAUCGUGGUACCCAUUGGAAGUCUUUCAAUGGGACUUUGCAGGCACCGGGCGAUUCUUUUCAAGAAACUGGCAGACUACAUAGGUUUACCUUGUAGGAUAGCUCGUGGGUGCAAGUAUUGUGUGGCAGAUCAUCGAUCUUCUUGUCUUGUUAAAAUUGAAGAUUCCAAGCAGUCAAGGGAAUAUGUUGUUGAUUUAGUUGGGGAACCAGGAAAUGUUCAUGGUCCAGAUUCCUCAAUCAAUGGAGGAUUUCUUUCUUCAGUGCCUUCACCAUUACAAAUUUCUCAUCUUAAAGAAUUUCAACAACCUUACAUGGAUGGUUCUCACUCCACCAAUUCACACACUUCUCCUGAAGAUCCAUAUUCGGGUUGUGGGACAGAAAGUCAGAAAAUUAAGGAAAGUGAUUUUUUCAAAGAUUUAAUGGGUGUUAGAUGUGGUCUUAUUAAGAAAGACAGUCUCGUAAAGAAAUCAUCUCUGAUGUCCUUGGAGUUGAAAGGGACUGAAAAAUGUCCUGCUCAGAGCUCCAUGAUGACAUCUAUCCAGGGAAAUCAAUUGAUCAGUGAUAGUGUCAAGCAAGCAAAAGUAAGCGCAAGCUUGUCUAGACAAACGGAUUCGAAGGAGGCUGACAGUGAACUUGAAAGUCAAGCCAUGUUUCCUGCAAUAAGUGUAACCAUUCCCCGGUACUUGAUUCUUGAGCCAUCUCUUGCAAUGGACUGGCUUGAGAUCUCAUGGGAUGAACUUCAUAUCAAGGAGCGUGUUGGUGCUGGGUCAUUUGGUACUGUGCAUCGUGCAGAAUGGCACGGAUCGGAUGUUGCCGUUAAGGUCCUGACUGUUCAGGAUUUUCAUGAUGAUCAACUGAAGGAGUUUUUGAGAGAGGUUGCAAUAAUGAAACGCGUUCGUCAUCCAAAUGUAGUUCUUUUCAUGGGUGCAGUUACGAAGCGUCCACAUUUGUCAAUAGUAACUGAAUAUUUGCCAAGGGGUAGCCUAUUUCGCCUUAUACACAGGCCAGCUUCUGGUGAAAUUAUGGAUCAAAGGCGACGAUUACGCAUGGCGCUUGAUGUGGCCAAGGGUAUCAAUUAUUUGCAUUGUUUAAGCCCACCUGUAGUGCAUUGGGAUCUCAAAUCUCCAAAUUUGUUGGUUGAUAAAAAUUGGACAGUUAAGGUCUGUGACUUUGGGCUGUCUAGAUUUAAAGCAAACACAUUUAUAUCAUCGAAGUCUGUUGCUGGGACACCUGAGUGGAUGGCUCCGGAAUUCCUUCGAGGAGAGCCCUCCAAUGAGAAGUCUGAUGUUUAUAGUUUUGGGGUGAUUCUGUGGGAGCUUGUGACCAUGCAGCAACCUUGGAAUGGACUUAGUCCUGCCCAGGUAGUCGGAGCUGUCGCUUUUCAGAACAGAAGGCUAGCCAUCCCACCUAAUACUUCGCCAUUGUUGGCUUCCCUCAUGGAGUCUUGCUGGGCUGAUGAUCCUAGUCAACGUCCAUCUUUCGGUAGCAUAGUCAACUCGCUAAAGAAGUUGCUCAAGUCUCCGCUGCAAUUGAUGCAGAUGAGUGGAACAUAAAAUGCUAAAAUGGGUACCACACCAUUCACUGUCCUUUAAACAUGCCAGUGAGUGAUGAUCUUAACUAAAUCCUUUAAUUAUUAUAUUUAGAGACUCUAUUGCUUGUUCCCCAUCCCUAAAGGCAAUUUAAUUAAAGCCUUUCUUAUCUAUAAGGUUCUCGAUGGGAAAGCAUAACUUUUUUUUUUUCAAUAUAGUUCUCUUAUAUGCCUAGUUUCUAUUGUUGACUUCUUAUCAUCUUAGAAGAUGAAAAUGGACUUAGGCUUGUAUUUUGGCUUUACUGAUAUGGUUCCCAUGGCUGUACUACCAUACAUUAUAUAUUCUCAUGCACUCUGUACUAUGAUCUUAUAAUCUAAUCAAUAGCCCGAACAGGGUCGUUACCGAA